AUAGCCCCGUGAGACAAGCGCCUGAAGUUGGGCUAGUUACUUCGGAUCGCACGGAAGUUUGGAUUUUGAAUUAAGGCCGCACCGGAGCUAUUUCUAGAGGAUGAUUUUGGCAAUGUUGUUGGUGUGGGCAUUGCUCAUUCCUGUUUGUCAUACUGAUGGUCGAAGCUUUAUUGGCAAACCUACUAAUGACAGUGACCCUCAUUCUCCCUUCAGCAUUGAUGAGUUUGCUGCAUCUACUCUGACCAGUGGACUUACUACAAUCUUUUUGCCGUUGGUCUACAUCAUCGUGUUCAUCAUUGGUUUGCCUUCAAAUGCCAUGGCACUCUGGGUCUUUGCCUUUCGAACGAAGACUAAACAUCCAGCAUCUAUUUACAUGGCUAACCUGGCUAUGGCAGAUCUGCUGUUCGUUAUCUGGUUACCCCUGAAAAUUGCAUACCAUUUGAAUGGCAACAAUUGGAUUUUUGGAGAAGGAAUGUGCAAAGUGCUAGUUGUGUUUUUCUAUGGAAAUAUGUACUGCUCCAUUUUAUUCAUAACUUGCCUCAGCGUACAAAGGUACUGGGUUGUUGUAAAACCAAUUUCUCAGGCAAGGAGGAAGAAUAAGAUUGCUUAUGCUGUAUCAAUUUUCAUUUGGAUACUGAUUGUAUUGGGCACAAUGCCAUUGUAUUUAAAUAUUCAGCAAACAGCACAGAUUACUAACCCUAACAUUAUAACCUGCCACGAUGUUCUACCAGAAACAAAGCUUGCCACUAGCAUGUUUGACUACUUUUUGUCUUUGGCUAUAGGGAUAUAUUUCUUCCCAGCAAUAUUGACCUUAACUGCAUAUUUAUUCAUGAUCAUAACAUUGAAAGCCUCAGCUGGUGAAGAUAACAUCGGGAAAGGGCGCAAGAGAGCAAUUAGUCUGAUUAUCACUGUUCUUGUAAUGUAUUUAGUAUGCUUCACUCCCAGCAAUGUUGUUCUUAUUGUCCAUUAUUAUUUGAUAAAAUAUAAUCAGAACAGCAAUAUUUAUUCUCUUUAUAUUAUAAGCCUUUGUUUAUCUAGCAUAAACAGUUGCAUUGAUCCCUUUGUCUAUUACUUUGUUUCCAAAGACUUCAGGGAUCAUGUUAAAAAUACAUUGCGGUGUCGUAGUGUCAGAACAGUUAGAAGCAUCCAAGCUUCCAUUGCUUCCCUAAAAUAUUCCAGAAAAUCGACUUCCUAUACUUCAGCCAGUAAAGAUCAUACCACAACAAGCAACUGUUAAACAUUAGCGUGGAUGCACAGCUUGAUUACAUUGUACUUACAAAUAAAUGAAUUUUCAGCAACUGGAUUUUGAAUGAAUUGAGUAUUAGUCCAAUUUGGAAGUAACUGACUGAAGCAUUAGAAUUGUAAGAAAUUUUAUUACUAUUUAUUGUUCAGUGUCUUUGCAUGAAAUAACUGCUGUAACUUUGAGCCAUCCAUAUUUUAUGCAAGUACAAUUUCAAUACAAGUAUGCAAGGUGUACUGAAUUUUUACAUGUAACAUUGUAAAUCCUAUAACUGUUUAUUUUGAGAAUUGUUGUUUCAAUUGUCUAGAAGAUGUAUAUAUUUAAAUUGUUUAUAUUUAAAUAUUUUGAGUUACUGUAUUUUCAUAUUUGAUGUUGGACUAGAAUGCCAACACUGGCUUUUAAAGCAUGUAUAUAAACUGACAAAUGCUUUUUUAAAUACUAGUUUAAGCUUCAUUUUUGUUUUUAAAAAGUAAUAACCCACUUAGUAUGUGAAAGAACAAUUUGUAUAUCCUUAAUAUAGUAGCUGUGAAAAUGAUUAAAUAACAUGGUUUGAAUCUAAUCUUAAUAUGUAACCCGUAAAAAGCUGUUUAACUUACUGUGAGGCAUUGAAUAAAUAUUUUUAAGUUGUGGUGAAA